GGCCCGAAACAAUUUUGAAAGCACGCGGGCCGAAGUGGAGCGGCUGAUGAAGAGGAUCCGCUCGGCCGAGGAGGACUUCAAAGCCCCCGGCUCCUUCACCAUGGAGGGCUACCUGUACAUACAGGAGAAACGGCCGCUGGGCAGCGUGUGGACCAGAUACUACUGUACGUACGAGAAGAGCUCCAAGAUGUUCACCAUGAGCAACACCGAGGCCCGGCCGGCCGGCAGACAGAACGGCGUGCCGAACGGAGUGCCGGAGAUGUUCAGGCUGCGCUCAUGCGUGCGAAGGAAGACGGACUCCAUCGACAAGCGCUUCUGCUUUGACAUUGAAGUGGUGGAGAGACACGGCGUCAUCACUCUGCAAGCGCUCUCGGAGGCCAACAGGCGACUGUGGAUGGAGGCCAUGGAUGGAAAAGAACCCGUACGACUUUGAGUUUCACCUUGUGUGCCGGUUCUC